AUUGAGGAAUAUUAACCUAUUGAUAUAUUGAUAAACGAGUUUACAAACUCGGUUCACUUGAUUAUUAUUAAGCCAUUUACGAUAUUUGCCUAUUACGCUUCUCUUUAACCCUGUUUCUUAUCGAAAGAACAACAACUUAUAUAUAAUACGUUUUAAUAAUAAUACAAUGUUCCUUGCAAACGUAAUGAAUAAUCUUGUUAUUUAUAAAAUAAAUAAAACAAUAAAAAAACAUUUCCUCUCACUGUUCCGGCAAAAAUUCGAUAAAAGGAUUUAUUCAAUGUGAACGUGGAUUUAUGUCGAUAGAAGUGGGAGUAAUGCGAACGCAAUAAAAUUAUAUCCUCUCAUAUAAAUGGGACAAAAGUCGGACAUGUGAGUUAGUACGACCGUGGCUUUGCGCGAAUGACGUUCGAUCGUUCUCCUCGUGUUUAUUUAACGUGUCCUCAAUGAAAUAAUAAAAGAGAUAUGAGUUUAUCAAUCUUCAUAUGACAUAUAAGUUUCGAAAUGUUUCGUGUCUGAUCGAGUAACAAGCCUUUUUUUUUUUUUUGCAACGCUGUGUUAUUUUAAAUAGCACUCUAUGUUAUAUCUAUAUAGAUUACUAGCACCUGUAAUUCACAAAUAUUAAUAUGGCAGUAACAACGACGUUAGGAUGGCUCGAUUAUACAGUUAUAUUUAUCAUGCUUUCCAUAAGUAUCGGUAUAGGUAUUUAUUAUAGAUUUAGUGGAGGCCGACAAAAAACAAUUGAGGAGUACUUUAUUGCAAGCCGAUCAAUGAACGUUAUUCCUGUUGCAGUCGCACUCAUGGUCUCAUUCAUGUCGGCUAUUACUUUGCUAGGUUUAUCGUCUGAAAAUUAUUAUUAUGGUACACAAUUCGUAGUUAUAAAUUUAUCAUACGUUAUAGGUACGCCUAUCGUUUGUUAUGGAUUUUUACCAGUAUUCUUUAAGCUUCAAGCAACAAGCGCAUAUGAGUAUUUGGAAAAGCGUUUUGGCAUUAAAACUAGAAUGAUGGCCAGUUUUGUCUACUGGGUACAGUUGCUUUUAUAUUCAGGAAUUGUACUUUAUGCACCUUCAUUAGCUUUGGAGGCAACUACAGGAAUUUCUAAAUCCGGAAGUAUCAUAAUAAUUGGAUUGGCUUGCAGUUUUUAUUCCAGUAUAGGAGGCAUUAAGGCUGUCUUAAUAACAGAUCUAUUCCAGAGUAUACUUAUGUUCGCUUCUGUUAUCAUUAUUAUUAUUAUAGCCUCGUAUGAGAUAGGAGGUAUAGAGAAAAUUUGGGAAAUUGCCAAGAUUGGACAACGGAUAGAAUUUGACAACAUUUCUAUAUAUCCAACGGAACGACAUACAUGGUGGUCGCUCAUUUUUGGUGGUUUGGCUACAUUUUUGUCUUUGUACGGAGUAAAUCAAGUUCAAGUGCAACGUUUGCUAACUGUUAAGAGUUUAAAUGAAGCGCAACUAGCGCUAUGGUUAUCUUUGCCAAUUUUAAUCUUGCUCUCUCUGGCAACGUGCUUCUCCGGAUUAUCGAUCUAUAGUAAAUAUUAUGACUGCGAUCCUUUAACGGAUGGAAGGAUCUCUUCUAUGGAUAUGUUAAUGCCAUUAUAUGUAAUGGAUACUAUGCAUUAUUUCCCCGGAUUACCGGGUCUCUUCAUAGCAGGCAUUUUCAGUGCUGGUCUCAGUACAAUAUCUGCGGCUUUAAAUUCUUUGGCAGCUGUUACAUUAGAGGAUUACGUCAAACCCGUAUACAGUCGUUGUACCCAUAAAGAAUUAAGCCCAACAAGUUCAGCCAAUAUUGGAAAAAUGAUAGCGCUCGCCUAUGGACUAAUCUCUAUCGCUUUGGCUUUUCUCGCUGAACUUUUAGGUGGCGUUUUACAAGCAGGAUUGACAAUAUUUGGCGUCGUUGGUGGCCCACUUUUGGGAGUUUUUACACUGGGAAUGACUAGCGAAUCCGCAAUAGAAUCAGGAGCUAUAUCGGGAAUGAUACUAUCCCUUGCUUUUCUCUUGUGGAUCGCUUAUGGACAACCUAGACCCAUUCCUCCUAAAUUAAUACUAUCUAAUCAUGGCUGUGAUGUAGAUACAAUAAAAAAUAUAACGUUAAGCGCUUUAAAAGAACCAAUGAAAUUAUCUUCUCAAAAAAUCGAUGAUACGUCCUAUUUUUACUUAUAUCGUAUAUCAUAUAUGUGGUAUGCACCACUCGGGUUCCUAAUUACUGUUGUCGUUGGACUGUUAGUCAGUAAUAUAGUUCGGUGCACAUUUAAACGAACUCAAAAAGAGUUAGAUCCUAAUUUGUUUUUUCCAAUAAUCGGCAAACGAUUACGCAAAGAGCAAUCACCUCAUUUCGAAUGCAGCCAAUUUGUAAAUUUGCAUAAUAAGGUACAAGGAAAAUAUACAUUUAACGUUGAUGUAUCAUCUGACGAAAUAAUUGGAUGAUAAGAUUGGUGGAAGUAUCUAAUAUCAUUCAUUUUUAUAUACUUUAUGUAAGAUCUUUUCUUUUUUUUUGUUUUGUUUGUUUUUAUAUAGGUUUCCGCAUAGAAAAAUCUAAUUCGCGUACAAUACUCGCGUGUAUUUUAUUAAAUUUAUAUAAUCGUCUUCCAUAAAUAGUCCUUACAAUGUUAUUGUACUUACGUAUAUCCUUAAUAUAGUUUUUCUAUGCGAAUUUAGAAUAAUAAUGGUAUGCCGUUUAAAGUACAAUAAGCAGUUCUCAUCGCGAGGCCUAUCAGAUAUUUUAAUGCGAUGUGACCGAACAAAAGGCGCAAGUACUACUUAUUAUUUAUACAAUAAAAUCUAACGUUUAUAUGUCGUUUUAUAAUGUUGCAUCAUUUGUACCGUUUAAGGCGAGAGUAUUAAUACGAUCAUUAUAUUUUUGUCAAAUCGAAUAUGAAAAUUGUGUUAAUAAUAAAAUAUUAAAACGAUUAAA